CCUCGGAAUGUCUCGAUGCUGGCGGAGAGUUGACGAUACUGAGUAGUACGGUAAUUUCCACUUAUCCGGUACCUUGGGUGCCAUGCGGAUGCAUAUUUCCCCAUCCAUACCUAUACAUUACGUAGGUACCUGGCUAAGUACCUAAAUGUCACAAGGGUAUCCCAACUAGUAGCCUACGCUAUCCCUGCUUUAAGUCAACUAAGCCGAUCUACAUACCUAGUACCUAGUGUAGAUAUCGUCUCGCCAAAUACCCAAGAGCCUCAUUUCGUCCUCACUGAAGCCCGAUGACCCGCUGCUUUUCCGCUAUUCUAUGGAAUUGUUCGCAAUGAUGAGACCUGAACAAGGCUGCUCGUGUAGCAUUCCGCUUGCACAGCCUACCUUAUUAGUACCUUGGAGAUAUGAAAGUAGUACCGAUAUGCUAACGCAUGGAACUUCUAGAGCCUUACUACUUAAUCACAACCCCGGAUGAGCCUCAACCCAGAGAUCGGCAACGCCGCCAAUAAGUAUCUCUCCAGCUCCCCGGGGGUCCUGGCAUAAGCUGUCUGUCUAGUUUUUGGCCUCGACUCCUUCCUUUAAAGCACGUACGUUAUGUCCAAUCAGUGGCUUCAACUCCUACCGCGUUGAAUCGAUAGGAUUAGUGCAUAGGUUCAACCGAGAUCGAUGUGGGCAUCGAAGAGCAUAGUGGUCACGCCACAAAGGACAUCUGGAUUACAGCGGUUGCCCUAUGAAAUAAUGGCGUAUAUUGUGAAGUACCUAGACCUUGAGGAUAUCUUUAUUUUAUCGUUAUGCAGCCGUCACUUUCAGUACUUAGUAAGAGAAGAGAGGUUUUGUAAAACCCUCAUCAAUAUGAAAGCCUCUCAUACAAUUGAAGCAGAUGAGGCACGGAGGAGUGGUCAGUUCGCACGAGCUCUACGGCGGGUUGCAAAGAGGCGCCAAGCUCUCUCCCAAGCAUCACCGUAUGUUGUAGGAAUCGUAGGCGUCGCCGACACUUAUGAAUAUAUUCGCGGAAUACUUUGCUAUAUCAUCGAGUCACGGCCUCAGCGGUGGCUACGAAUUCUUGACCUGCACGGUUCGGCAAGUCAUGAAAUUGUCGUAGAUAUUCCAGCCCUAAUCCGCGAGGCCGUGCCGAGGUCAGCGAAAAGCCGUAAAUAUAAGUUUCGGGUCUUAUAUCAUUCGAAUGGUAUUACGUCGUGUUUGUUUUCAUUCGCGCUACCAACAACGGAAAACUGGUUAUUGAUCUUUCAAGCCGAAGAGAAGAAAAUCGUGUCCCAAUUUCGGCUUGAUUCUACGGCUAAGAUAUUUGUGCGAAAUAAUAAGGAAUUUCUAUAUUUUGGGACACACUCAGAAGAAGGCGCAGAUGGGUUUAAAUAUUGGGUCCUCACUGGAUUUCGCAUAGAGGAUCGCUUCUGGUUCCCUCGAAAAAUGCAUUUAACGAGUGUAGUCGGGUAUGACAUUGGCACCACGGUUUGUUUCGAAAUCAUAGACAAUUAUUUCUAUGGACUAUCGAAUCAGACAGACUUCGAGUUCAGGGAGACCGAUUGGAUUUCAUAUUACCACUGCUUUCGCUUCCCCCUGCACGACCCAGAUCGUAAUAAUAUCCAAAUCAUGCAGAAGAACAAAAGUUGGAGGAGAAAGCAUGCCGAAGGACCUAUCGACGAUCGGUGGGGGUUUCUCAAGCUAGAGAAAGAAGAGGCUUCUGGCAAGAUCAAUAUCAUCGAGUCUAGGAAGGAAUGGCUGGCCGGAAAGAGUGGCAGUCGACGAACUUAUUACAUCACUAAGGUGCUUUUCGACAGUCCGGAGUCAGCUGGUGAAGAAAAUCACACAGCCAUCGGAGCUAGUAGAGCAUCUAACAGAGGCGUUAGGGUUGGAAACAACCCAGUUGACUCGGAUGUACCGGUUCGAGAACCCGAAAACGUUCAUCCAGGAGAUGAUAGUUCUACGACGCCAGCGUUCACGCGUAGCCAGACACAUCUACGCUCUUACCAACGAUGUUCUAAUACGUAUUUAGAUUUGGUUGAUGAUAAUUCCGGCGGGUCGACCGGUCGACACCUACGCCUAAGAACUGGGCAUAGGAAACCGAAACAACAACCCCUGGGAACGCUGUUGGCAUCGAACGAGAACAUAGAUUUUGACGAAUAUAUGAAGCAGUGCUAUCACCCUAACGAGAUAUAUUUCUGGCCACCGGAACAAGAUCAGAAUCAGCAAUUGUUAGAUAAAAUUUACAAAGUACUAAACCCGCCCGGUUACCUAGGUAGUAUCACUGCCUUCAGCGAUGAACGUUCGUUAGUCUAUGGCACUGGGGAAGACGCAGACGGGCCGAAGGUUUUGAUCUAUGUCAGCUUCGAUCCGGCGGCCAGGCUAUCCGGCAUGUUGCGUGAGGGGUACAUACUAUCAAGCCAACAUAAUGAGAUGGCCAGUCAAAGUUAUAGCUUAGCUGCACAAGCUAGUGGAACCACGAAACGCUUCGAGGAUAUCAUAGCCGAAGACACAGGCAAAGGCAAAGGCAAGGUCAUUGGUGACGGUCCUUUACCCUCCUAUAUUUCAAAUCCUCCGGACCCGGAGCCAGUGAGCGCAGACUGCAAGCCAUGGGCUUGGCUCGAAAAAGCCAUGCAUCGGGAUCCGGGUUUCACAGGGACACUUUUCACAUUUGCACACUGAAAAGUAACGGAUCAAGAUGCAAGUGAGAUGGCACCUUUUUCCUAUUCACGUACUGUUCUCGUCCUAGGUUACAUUUCGUGCAAUUAAGCCCCUUCCCUGCAAGUACCUAGGCUAUGCAAAACGAAAGCAGUUAUGAAUUGGCGAAAAGGGGUUCUAGACCGGUAGGUAACUUGGGACAUCCGUCUCUUCAUAUACCUAUAGGUUUUACAAUAACUUACCGGCUAGGAUAAUUAGCACCCCUUAUGCGUGUAAAUAAUCCUUCAAAAAUACUUUGAUGUUGUUGAG